AUUCUCUCGCCUCUCUCGGCCUACGCAAUUAGAGCUGCGAUAUCACUUUAGGAGCUGCGAACCUGCGACUCUGCGGACUGCGAGGAAGACCGAAGACGGAAGACCGUGAACAUCAGGCCAUCAGCCACGCCGCGCCGCCGUCCUCGUCGUCCGCUGUCCGGCUGUCCGCCUGUGCGGGUGUGCGGCUCUACCUCUGCGCUUCCCUCCAGCAGUCCAGCAGGCUCCAGCCUCCAGACGUUCAACAAUCAACAAUUCUUUGCUGCACUUCAGCAGAAUUAGUACCGCUGCAGUCUGGACGCACGUUGCCUACUCAGCUACUCUCCACGGCAGGGUCUCUACGAUUCCUGGACCGGCCCUGCUUUGGUCUGUUAUUUGACUGUCUGAAUGGAAGCUCUAAGCAUGAAUUUUAGACUCUCUCACCCGUUAGCCACACAAAACCCAGAAGUGACAUUCUUUCUGGCCCCGUCAUUUGCUUCUACUUAUUCAAGUAUUCAAUCUCCAAAGUGGGUCUCUCUCAAAACCAAAUCUUCCCUCGUUUUGCCUAUUUCAUUGGCCAAGAAAAGUUUUCGUACAAGUUUCAUCAAAGCAGCAGAAAGAGAUCAUCUACAUAGCCCUGAGAAUGAAUCCAAUGCAGAAGCCAGGAGGAAGAAGAACUUGGCUGUUUUUGUUUCCGGUGGAGGUUCAAAUUUCAGGGCGAUUCAAGAGGCGGCUCUGCAAGGGACUGUUAACGGGGAGGUGGUUAUUUUGGUCACCAAUAAACUUGAUUGUGGGGGUGCCAACUUUGCCAGAGAUGGAGGAAUACCUGUUAUUCUCUUCCCGAAACCAAAUAAUACAGAAAAUGGUAUGUCUGCAGGAGAUCUUGUAGGCUCUCUAAGAGAAUACAAAGUUGACUUCAUUCUAUUAGCCGGAUACCUAAAGCUCAUACCUUCUGAGUUGAUUCAAGCUUAUCCAAGAUCAAUGUUGAAUAUUCACCCUUCACUUCUCCCAGCUUUUGGAGGCAAAGGUUACUAUGGGAUGAAGGUGCACAAAGCAGUGAUUGCUUCUGGAGCUAGGUAUUCUGGCCCCACAAUCCAUUAUGUUGAUGAAGAGUAUGACACAGGACGUAUCCUUGCUCAGAGGGUUGUACCUGUGCUUGCUAACGACUCAGCUGAUGAGCUGGCAGAAAGGGUUCUCAAUGAGGAGCAUAAAUUAUAUGUAGAAGUAGUGGCUGCUCUAUGUGAAGGAAGAAUAGUUUGGCGGGAUGAUGGUGUCCCUCUCAUCCAGAGUAAAGAAAACCCCAACCAGUAUCUGUAAAUAGAAAGCUAAUCCAAGGAGAGAAUAGCCAUAAAUUGUGUUACCAUUCAUUUUACUUUUAGGGAAGCAGGCUCAUACGUCAUACCACCUUCGCCCCACAAAGAACAGUUACAUUUGAUUUUUUGUUGUUGCCAAAGACGGUGUGACCGUUAAAUAUAUUUUUUAAAUCGAUUCAUGUUAGCUGACCCCAAAGUCUCUCGGGAAUAACGCUUGAAUGUUGUCUGUUGCUGUAUUAUGUGAUAGUAAGAAAACGUUAUCUGUUAAUAGUAUACUAUUAUAAAAGUUCAAAGUUAUAAAUUCGUUUUCUUUGACCAAAA